AUGGGCAACUGGGCCCACUGCUUGAGAAGACCCAGAUGUGUUUUUGGAGGGACAGAGCUGGCACAGGAGCCUGCUGACACCCAGAUCCUGUCUCUUGCAGAGCCACCCCUCAGUGACGAUCUACAACCUUCUUCAGCUGUGUCGAGCCCCACUCAGCCGGGUCCCGUCUUGUACAUGCCAUCUGCUGCCGGAGACUCGGUGCCUGUGAGCCCCUCCAGCCCACAUGCCCCUGACCUCAGCGCUCUCCUCUGUAGAAACAGCAAUCUAGGAAGCCCAUCUAAUCUCUGUGGCUCCCCCCCGGGCUCCAUCAGGAAGCCCCCGAACCUGGAAGGCAUUGUCUUCCCUGGGGAGUCUGGCCUCGCCCCUGGCAGCUAUAAGAAGGCUCCUGGCUUUGAGAGGGAAGACCAGGUGGGAGCUGAGUACCUGAAAAAUUUUAAAUGCCAGGCCAAGUUAAAACCCCACUCACUAGAGCCCAGGAGUCAAGAGCAGCCUCUGCUUCAGCCCAAACAGGACAUGCUGGGCAUCCUUCCCGUGGGCAGCCCCCUGACCUCAAGCAUCUCUUCUAGUAUCACCUCCAGCCUGGCAGCUACUCCCCCUAGCCCUGCAGGCACCAGCAGCGUCCCUGGCAUGAAUGCAAAUGCUCUGCCCUUCUAUCCCACCAGCGACACGGUAGAGUCAGUCAUAGAGUCUGCCUUGGAUGACCUGGACCUGAACGAGUUUGGGGUGGCCGCCCUAGAGAAGACUUUCGAUAACAGCACAGUGCCCCACCCAGGCAGCAUCACAAUUGGUGGCAGUUUGCUGCAGAGUUCUGCACCCGUGAACAUCCCUGGCUCCUUGGGCAGUUCUGCUUCCUUCCACUCAGCAUCCCCGUCCCCUCCUGUCAGCCUCUCCUCACAUUUCCUGCAGCAGCCCCAGGGCCACCUGAGCCAGUCAGAAAACACAUUUUUGGGGACCUCAGCAUCACAUGGAUCUUUGGGUCUGAACGGGAUGAACAGCAGCAUCUGGGAGCAUUUUGCCUCUGGUAGCUUCUCCCCAGGCACUUCCCCUGCCUUCCUGUCAGGGCCAGGGGCCGCUGAGCUGGCCCGGCUGCGGCAAGAGCUUGAAGAAGCCAACGGCACCAUCAAGCAGUGGGAGGAGUCCUGGAAGCAGGCUAAGCAGGCUUGUGAUGCCUGGAAGAAGGAGGCAGAGGAGGCCGGUGAGCGGGCCAGUGCAGCGGGUGCUGAGUGCGAACUGGCCCGGGAGCAGCGGGAUGCACUGGAGGGGCAGGUUAAGAAGCUACAGGAAGAACUGGAGCGGCUGCACUCGGGCCCCGACCUGCAGGCCCUGCCCACCUUCUCCGACCUGGAGGCCCUCUCGCUCUCCACCCUCUACUCCCUCCAGAAGCAGCUGCGGGCCCACCUGGAACAAGUGGACAAGGCCGUGUUCCACAUGCAGUCGGUGAAAUGCCUUAAGUGUCAGGAGCAGAACCGAGCGGUGCUGCCAUGCCAGCAUGCCGUGCUGUGUGAGCUCUGCGCCGAGGGCAGCGAGUGCCCCGUCUGCCAGCCCAGCCGGGCCCACAGCCUCCAGUCGUGACCCUGCAGGCCUGGCCCCGGCCCGGCUCAGAUCUUCUUUCCUAGGACUUUUUAAAGUAUAUAUAUAUGUAUGUAUGUAUGUAUGUAGGUAUGUAUGUAUAUGUAUAUGAUUCUGUAUAUGUAUACAUUUCUGUGCGUGUGCAGGUGUGCGUGGGCAGCAGUGUGUGAACAGUGUCUGUGUGUAUAUCUGUACAUAGAUAUAGACACACACUUUAAAACAGACUUACCAAGCACUUUUUAAAAGAAAAAACUAUUUUGCAGCCCUCCCCUUGCCCACUCUGUCCUUUUCCACUGCAGAGACAAAGUCCCCUCAUUGCCCGCUGGCCUUUUGGCAGGGGACAGGUUUCUCUUUUUAACGUAGGAGAACUAACUAGUUUCAACUUCUUCCUGGGGCCCGAGCAGGAAGCUGGAAGGGGCCAAGGGGAGGGACCAAGCCUUCAGGGCAGGCCCUGUUCACUGCACCUCCCCAGGCCAGGGCCACAGCCAGGGGUGUGGACAUCUGGGGGACAGACCUGGUUUCCAGCCAUGAGGCUUGAGAGGGGGGGUGUGCUGGGGGUCUCAGCCAGCCUAGCUCCUAGGUUUUACCAAAUGUGUAUCUAGUCUGGGGCUGGCAGGCCAAAGCUGCAGGGGCCAGCCCCGCUCCCAACCCUGGGCCCUUGAAGCUCCUUGAGGGGCAAGGCCCGGGAGUUCUACCCCUCAGGUUCCUGAGGCCAGGGGUCCACCUCAGUCCUCUCCCUCCGGGCCCCCAGAGCAGCCUUCCUGGCCCCAGGACCACCUACCAGACUGGCACUGCCCUCUUCCUAACCCCCCAGCUGCUGUCAGCUUCCUCCCUCUCCCCCCUGCCCCCCUCUGGCAGCUAGCAGGGCAAUUGGUGGGGAGGAGCUGCGGACUGGGGACCAAGGUGGGGCUUAGGCCCUGCCCUCCUCACCGGGAGGGGCUCCGUAUGCAUUCCUUGGUGCUCUCUGAGUGCAGCUGACGUCCUGCCCGUUUGGAGCGGACGCGUGUGUACAUGUGUGUGCGUGCCUGUCCAAUGUAUAUUGUGUCUUAGCUUCCAUUUUAAAAAUUGUUCUGUACAGAAAGAUGCAGUGGGGGCGGGAGGGCAGAGCGGGUGGAGGGAAGCCAUCCUGCUCCCAGCGCUGGGGGUCUGGGGUGGGAGCAAGAGGGCUGUGAAGGGUCUGGCCUGGCCCAGGCUCCCCCUUGGGCUCAGCACGAAAGGGCUUUCAAUGAAUUAAGUGAAAACUUUUUUUUACAAAAAUGCAAAAAUCAACAAAGCUCCAAACCUAUUGGAAAUAAAAUAUGAACUUACAAUGGUAGCUUGUUUACGUGGGGGUGAGGGAGAGGAGGGCCCCAAAUAAGGGCCUCUGAACUAUCAGAAGAGUCAGCUUGGCCCUCCCAGCCUCGGCUCCAGCCCCACCUAGGCCAU